AGCGUAAUCGGAAAUUUACCUUAUUAUUGUUAGAUAAAUUCUCCAUGCAUCCCUUUGAGAUCUAUUCAGAUAUCUAAUCUUGUCGGUUAUUGUUACAAUAAUAUACCUUUGUGUAAAAAGGGGGAUAAAAUAGGACAUGGAGAAAAUUGAAUUUGCGCAGCUAAAAUAUGGGGCUGGGUCGAUCGAAGUCGCAGUAUACAAUAUGCACAGAACAGGCAAUAUUAACGACCGACCGGCACCAAGCUAUUAUUAGAAAUACAUAGGCUAACUAUGAUACUCUGAUAGUACUUACGGUUCCUGCCAAUUUUAAUUGUUCAAAUGGAAAAGGUCAUUAUCGCUGGUGGGACUGGAUUGGUUGGACAUCACUUGAGGAAAUUGCUCUUAGAAAAUGGACACAAAGUGAUGAUAGUGUCCAGACGACCUGGCAAGGACACACAAACCUGGAAUGAUUUGGACCGUAACGGUAUUCCAGAAGACACAACGGCAGUGGUGAAUGUGGCAGGAGAAAACAUCCUAAAUCCACUGAAGAGAUGGACUCCCGAGUUUAUGGAGAAGGUCAGAUCCAGUAGGAUAGAGACCUCCAAAAAACUAGUGUCAUACAUAUCGCAGUCCAAAUCCCCUCCUAAAGUGUUUGCAUCAAUAUCUGGAGUGGCUGGCUAUAAACCAAGCCCCACUGAAGUUUACACAGAAGACAGCCUGGUACAAGAUUUUGAUUUCCUGUCUAAACUUGUCAUUGACUGGGAAAUAUCUUCCAAAUUACCAGAGAAUGUUAAAACACGACAAUUUACUGUGAGAUCAGGUGUGGUACUUGCAGGAGAUGGAGGGAUGAUCCAGCAGCUAUAUCCAAGUUAUUUUCUUGGAGGUGGUGGAAAAAUAGGAAAGGGAACUCAAUGGCUGCCCUGGAUACAUGUCAAUGACCUGGCUGGCAUAUUUCAUCAUGGCAUUAUAACUGACUCUGUCAACGGGGUAUUAAAUGGUGUGUCCCCACAGGCUAUUACAAACAAAGAAUUUUCUGAAGCCCUGGCCAAGUCAAUGUCUCGGCCUGCCUUGGUUCCAGGAUUUGUAAAUGAGGCCACCAUCAAAGUUAUGUUCGGAUCUGAAAGGGCAAAGAUAAUUUUGGAGGGCCAACAGGUUUCACCAGAUAGAACCCUAAAGAAUGGAUAUGUGUACAAGUAUCCAGAGAUAAGUGAUGCUUGUAAAGCAGCUGUAGCAAAUUUCGCCAUUAAACGAAGUGUGUGAGCAUGUUAUUAUCUGUGUGUAUUUAAAAUAUUGUGUUACUUCUAUCUUUAUACCACAAUAUUAAAGAAACUGAUGCUUGUAAAGCAGCUGUAGCAAAUUUCGCCAUUAAAUGAAGUGUGUGAGCAUGUUAUUAUCUGUGUGUAUUUAAAAUAUUGUGUUACUUCUAUCUUUAUACCACAAUAUUAAAGAAACUGGUUUCAAUAUUUUC